AUGGCCGGCGAAAUCCACGACUCCAAACGCAUCAACCCCCCCCGCAACCUGUUCCAGCAACUCUUUCCCCAUAGUCUCAUACCCCACCAGCGCGUCCCGGUGAUGAAACUGGUCCACCGCAAGCGCCUCGCCCCGGCGCAGCUCCUUCGCCGCCACCUCCCUCAUGCUCGCCCACAGCUCCAGGGUGAUAUUGCGACGACCCUUGUGCACAGUGUCCAUCUUGGUCCCGAGCGCAGCCAUCGUCAGCAGCCUCUCGACCGCGAGCGUGUUCGACGAGAAGGCGUGGGAGCGGGGCGCGAUGUGGCGGAGGGGGAUGAGCGGGUUGUCGUCUAUGGCGGCGAGGACUGA